AUGGAUGGCGAGACGGGCGAGGCGCAGGGGGGCGCGGUGCCCCCGCCGGGCGCACCCCCCGGCCCCGGCCAGGCGGGCGCCCCGGCCCUCGUGGGGCGGAGGGAGCCCAAGAAGCACGCCGUGACCGAGGACUACCAGCUGUCCAAGCAGGUGCUGGGCCUGGGCGUGAACGGCAAGGUGCUGGAGUGCGUCCACCGGCGCACCGGCCAGAAGUGCGCCCUGAAGGUCCUGUACGACAGCCCCAAGGCCCGGCAGGAGGUGGAGCAGCACUGGCAGGCGUCGGGCGGCCCCCACAUUGUGCGCAUCCUGGACGUGUACGAGAACAUGCACCGCAGCAAGCGCUGCCUGCUCAUCAUCAUGGAGUGCAUGGAGGGCGGCGAGCUGUUCAGCAGGAUCCAGGAGCGAGGCGACCAGGCGUUCACCGAGAGAGAAGCUGCAGAGAUCAUGCGUGACAUUGGCACCGCCAUCCAGUUCCUGCACAGACACAACAUCGCCCACCGUGACGUCAAGCCCGAAAACCUGCUCUACACGUCCAAGGAGAAGGAUGCGGUGCUCAAGCUCACCGACUUCGGCUUUGCCAAGGAGACCACCCAGAAUGCCCUGCAGACACCCUGCUACACUCCCUACUACGUGGCUCCUGAGGUCCUGGGUCCGGAGAAGUAUGACAAGUCAUGUGACAUGUGGUCCCUAGGCGUCAUCAUGUACAUCCUCCUGUGCGGCUUCCCGCCCUUCUACUCCAACACGGGCCAGGCCAUCUCGCCGGGCAUGAAGCGCAGGAUCCGCCUGGGCCAGUACGGCUUCCCCAACCCCGAGUGGUCGGAGGUGUCCGAGGACGCCAAGCAGCUGAUCCGCCUCCUGCUGAAGACGGACCCCACGGAGCGCCUGACCAUCACGCAGUUCAUGAACCACCCCUGGAUCAAUCAAUCCACGGUGGUGCCGCAGACACCGCUGCACACGGCCCGCGUGCUGCAGGAGGACAGAGACCACUGGGACGAAGUCAAGGAGGAGAUGACCAGUGCCCUGGCCACCAUGCGCGUGGACUACGACCAGGUGAAGAUCAAGGACCUGAAGACCUCCAACAACCGGCUGCUGAACAAGCGGAGGAAGAAGCAGGCGGGCUCCGCGGGCGCGCAGGGCUGCAACAACCAGUAG